CCCCGGUGACGCAUGCGCACAGGGAGGCGGUCGCCCCGCUCAGGUAACAGAGGGUUGUAAACCAUGGCACAAGCUGAGAAGAAAGGUGGAUUGCUUCGGAAAUCUUCGGCUAGUAAGAAACCCUUGAAAGAGAAGGUUGUGCUAAUGUAUGAUGAGAUCUUCAUGACAGAAGAUCCCAGUAAAUGCAACCCUCGGUUUUGGGAGGAGCUCUUCCUGAUGAAGGUGAAUUUGGAAUACCUGGAAGGGAAGCUGGAGUCUCUAGAUGGUGAAGAGUUAAUGAAGAUAAAAGAUAACAUUAACUGUUUGUUCCAGCACUGCAUCCGAGCCUUGGGAGAAGAGCAUCCCAUCAGAGUGGUCAAUGCAUUACAGACGCUAUGUGCCCUGAUCCGUGGGGUUCAUCAGAAGAACAAAUCCACAUCUGGCUUUGACAUCAUCAACAUGCUGAUGGGCUUUGACAAGGCUGAGCUAUGCAUGAAGAAUCUGAUGGAGAGUUUGGAUGCUCUGCUUUGUGCAGAAGGCUCUGAAAGCCUCAAGAGUUUGUGCCUGAAGCUACUGCUCUGCUUGGUCACUGUGACGGAUAACAUCAGUCAAAACACAAUCCUGGAGUAUGUGAUGAUUAAUAGCAUCUUUGAAGCUAUCUUACAGAUCCUCUCCAGUCUUCCCAGUCGCCGAGAACAUGGUUAUGACGCUGUUGUGCUACUUGCCUUAUUAGUCAACUAUAGAAAGUAUGAGUCUGUGAAUCCUUAUAUAGUGAAGCUGUCAAUCAUAGAUGAUGAGGCCACACUCAAUGGAAUGGGUCUUGUUGUUGCUCAGGCUUUAUCAGAGUACAACCGGCAGUACAAAGACAAGGAAGAAGAACAUCAGAGUGGCUUUUUCUCAGCUUUGACCAACAUGGUGGGCAGCAUGUUCAUAGCUGAUGCUGAUGAGAAAAUCUCAGUCCAAACCAAUGAAGCUAUCCUUUUGGCCCUUUAUGAAGCUGUUCAUUUGAACCGAAAUUUCAUCACUGUAUUGGCACAGAGUCAUCCUGAAAUUGGUUUGGUGACCAUGCCAGUAAGCCCAGUUCCAACAACUCCGGUCACGCCACUUGGAACCACUCCACCUUCUUCUGACGUUAUAAGCAGUGUGGAGCUACCCCUGGAUGCUGAUGUGCAGACCAGCAACCUCCUGAUAACUUUCUUAAAGUACAGCUCCAUCGUUAUGCAGGACACCAAAGAUGAACACAGACUCCACAGUGGCAAGCUCUGUCUGAUUAUUCUGACCUGCAUAGCAGAGGACCAGUAUGCAAAUGCUUUUCUGCAUGAUGACAACAUGAAUUUUCGAGUAAAUCUCCACAGAAUGCCUAUGAGACACAGAAAGAAAGCUGCUGACAAGAACCUUCCCUGUCGACCUCUGGUUUGCGCAGUGCUAGAUCUGAUGGUGGAAUUCAUCAUAACACACAUGAUGAAAGAGUUUCCCAUGGAUCUUUACAUGCGUUGCAUUCAAAUAGUACACAAGCUGCUUUGCUACCAGAAGAAAUGCAGAGUGAGACUUCAUUACACUUGGAGGGAGCUCUGGUCAGCUCUGAUUAAUCUAUUGAAGUUCCUCAUGUCCAACGAAACUGUUUUGCUGGCAAAACACAACAUCUUUACCUUGGCUCUCAUGGUGGUAAACCUGUUUAAUAUGUUCAUCACUUAUGGAGAUACCUUCCUUCCAACUCCUAGCAGCUAUGAUGAACUAUACUAUGAAAUCAUCAGGAUGCACCAGAGUUUUGAUAACCUCUAUUCCAUGGUUUUGAGGCUUUCUACUAAUGCUGGACAGUGGAAGGAGCCAGCCAGCAAAGUGACCCAUGCACUGGUCAACAUACGAGCCAUCAUCAAUCACUUCAAUCCAAAGAUAGAGUCUUAUGCGGCUGUGAACCACAUCUCGCAGCUCUCGGAAGAGCAGGUUUUAGAAGUGGUGCGCUCCAACUAUGACACUCUCACCCUAAAGUUGCAGGAUGGAUUGGACCAGUAUGAACGCUACUCAGAGCAACAUAAAGAAGCCACUUUCUUUAAAGAACUGGUCCGGUCCAUCAGCAUCAAUGUGCGGCGAAAUCUGGCUUUCAACACCCUAAGCCAGGAGACCCUGCUUAAAGAGUUUUCGACCAUCUCCUGAAGCUGAGUUAUCUACCUGCAUCCUGGCCAGUCCUGGUGUUACUGCGCCCCCUUUCCCAGCAUUGACUGUAGCUCCUGGUUGUGGAGUGGUCUAACCCUAGUGCGUGUGUCUUUUUUUCCAGGGAAGAUCAAGAGGAAGUUUGGACUUGUCUCACAUUCCUGGGGACAGAGAACUGAUGAUAUGGACUACCCUGGGGAAUGGAAGUGGGGAAGAGGAAUCUGUUGUUAUUGCUCUUUCUCAUUUCCUCUGUAGCAACUGUGGUACAGGGACAAGCAUUUUUCCCCAGGUGAGAAAAAUUAGAGCAAAACGAUGUUGAUCAGAGAGCUCAUCCUUCUAAUUCUCUGGAAGGUGUCUGGUGUUGAUCAAAGGCCUGAAGCGAGAAAGUGAUGCAGCAACUAAGCCCUUGAUAAUAUGGAGCAAACUGACUGAACUCCUGUCCUAUGUACACUUGUGCUUUAAAGCCCAAGUCAUCAGCUCUGCUUGGGUACUUUGCGCCUGCUGUCCUUGUGUAUUGUUAGCCCCAUCUCAAAUGGAUAUUGAAAUUAACAGCUGAGGGCUCUGCCCUUCUCUCUGAGUUAGUGCCUCCUAUUCUGAAUGGUGCUUUCCAGAGCUUCUUGGGAGGCUUUCCCAGUGCCCAGCCUAAAACACUUGUUCUCUGGCAUUCCUUAUUAAGAGCCUAACUUUGUGCUGUCCCUACUGCCCUGUUUUAACACUCUGGGGCUGAGAAGAUUAACAUGGGUCGGGGUUCCCCCCCCCAAAGGAGUAAUAAGUGAGUGUCCUGUGCUUUUACUGUUCAGACUAUUGCUGCCUAUCAGAGUGAGUAAUUUCCCCCUGAUCUCAGGAGGUUGACUGAUCUUUAAUAUCUCUCCACUGAUACACUUGGAUCUCUCUAGUGCUGACAAGGUGACCAAGUGCUCCCAUUCAGGUUGUUAACAUCCUGCCCAUCAAACACAUACACUACCUAAACCAAAUUCUGCAUUGACUGAAGCAGGAACUUCUUAGCUCAGUCGAAAGACUACCUUCUCUGAACGCCAACAAAGUGUCUCAUUGAGUAGGUGGAAUUAGGGGAUUAAUUUUGCACAGCAUUUUCAGGAAAAGGGAAGAAUUCUAUAUAAAUGUAGCAGCCAGUUCCAUAUUCGUGUGCACCAAGUGUUACAACUGCAGACUACAAGACAUGUCACUUGUGUGGUCAACCAUCCCAUCAAAUGUCUGUCGUUCUUUGUGCAGAAUUAUUUUUUUCCAACUUUAUUUUAAGCAGCAAUGUAAAGUGUCACUUAUUUGCUUUCCAUUUAACAUGUAAGGACAUGUAAAUAUAGGACUGUACUCUGUCGGAAAGCCAAGAGUUGACCGUGCCUGGGGCACUGUACUCAGGGGGGAGACCUCACUCCACAGGUGUGCUCUUAAUCCUUAGUGAAGGGGAUGUUAGGAUUUGGCACUGUGUCCAUUUGUGGUUGUGUAGGGGAGAGAUUGUGGAUGUCUCCCUUGCAUUUUGUCUUCCUUUUUGCAGAACCACUUUCACAGGAUACAAACAGCAUUGAGUGAGCCCGAGUACAUGCACCUUACUGGGAUCUAUCCUGGUGUAUGCUGGUUUAGCAGACUAACAUGGAGACAGACCUUGCUUCCAAGAGGCCUGUCAUCUUCUGUAAUUUCUUUGUUCCUUUUGGACAGACAUGAGAAACCCCCUCCUUUCUUAUCCGCUGGUGAAUCUCCGCUGUGUAUAGCAGUGAAUUUUGAGGCCGGAAGUACAAAGAAGUCUUUUUUUUUCUAGAAAAAAACACUGUAAAUGUCCUGCUGCUGAAACAGCACCUGUUAAGAGCGUUUAUAUAUAGAACUCCAACAGAGUUCAGUAAAAAGGUGGAGAAGAGUGUGCCUCUGAUUGCUCUUUUGUGUGUAGUGUAUCCUUUUGUGUUCCCAUUGGGAGAGGUAAUAAAUUAUUAUUACUAUUAACA